CGCUCCCCACACACAGACAGGCUCACACCCGCUCCCUCACUCGCACACACAGACACGCGCGCACACAAGCUCCGCACACACACUCCACUCUCUCCCGCGCGCUCACACCCCUCUCGCCCUGCGCCCUUGCCGGUGCAGAGCCGCGCGGCAGCCGGACGCCCCUCCCGGACUCACUUUGCAACGCUGACAGCGCCGGCGGCGGCCUCGGAGGUGGGAACUGCGGCGGCAUCCUGCCCCCGGGCCGUGGCCGCAGCCAGGACGCCCGCGGAACCCCUCGCCGGCACUCUCCCAUGAGUCGGGAUCGCAGCAUCCCCUGCCAGACGCUCACCGCCUCUGGGAGCCGCUGGGCUGGUUCACGGCAGCCCUUCCGGGACAGCAGCUGUGACUCCCCCCCCAGUGCAGAUUUCGGGGCAGCUCUCUAGAAACUCGCUCUAAAGACGGAACCGCCACAGCACUCAAAGCCUACUGCGGAAGAGCGCAGUCCGGCAAGCCCUAGCCCUGAGCCUGGACCCUCCGCGGAGCCAGGCAGCACUGCCACCGCUUCCCCUCGCCGGACGUCUCCGCCUCCUACCCUCUCAGCCUCCGCUGGAGAGACCCACAGCCCCACCAUUCAGCGCGCAAGAUAUCCUCCAGGCCCUCAUCACCUUUUUUCAAGUCAAGAUUUCAUCCCAUACACGCAUGACUCAAUCAGAUUUGGAAAUGUGGAUAUGCCCUGCGUGCAAGCCCAGUAUAGCCCUUCGCCUCCAGGUUCCAGUUAUGCGGUGCAGACCUACGGCUCGGAAUACACCACGGAGAUCAUGAACCCCGACUACGCCAAGCUGACCAUGGACCUGGGCAGUACUGAGAUCACGGCCACCGCCACCACGUCCCUGCCCAGCUUCAGUACUUUCAUGGAGGGCUACUCGAGCAACUACGAUCUCAAGCCCUCCUGCUUGUACCAAAUGCAGCCGUCGGGGCCGCGGCCCCUGAUCAAGAUGGAGGAGGGCCGGGCGCACGACUACCACCACCACCACCACCACCACCACCACCAUCACCACCACCAGCCGCCGCAGCCGCAGCCGCCGCCGCCGCCGCCGCAGGCGCAGCCGCAGCCGCCGCCGCCGCCGCCGCCGCCGCAGCCGUCCAUCCCGCCGCCGUCCGGCCCGGAGGACGACGUGCUGCCCAGCACCUCCAUGUACUUCAAGCAGUCCCCGCCGUCCACCCCCAGCACGCCGGGCUUCCCCGCGCAGGCGGGGGCGCUGUGGGACGACGCGCUGCCCGCCGCGCAGGGCUGCAUCGCCCCGGGGCCGCUGCUCGACCCGCCCAUGAAGGCGGUGCCCGCGGUGCCCGCGGUGGCCGGCGCGCGCUUCCCGCUCUUCCACUUCAAGCCGUCGCCGCCGCACCCGCCCGCGCCCAGCCCGGCCGGCGGCCACCACCUGGGCUACGACCCGACGGCCGCCGCCGCGCUCAGCCUGCCGCUGGGGGCCGCCGCCGCCGCCGCCGCAGCCGCCGCCGCCGCCGCCAGCAGCCAGGCCGCCGCGCUCGAGGGCCACGCGUACGGGCUGCCGCUGCCCAAGAGGGCGGCCGCGCUGGCCUUCCCGCCGCUCGGCCUCACCGCCUCCCCCACCGCGUCCAGCCUGCUGGGCGAGAGCCCCAGCCUGCCGUCGCCGCCCAACAGGAGCUCGUCGUCCGGCGAGGGCACGUGCGCCGUGUGCGGGGACAACGCCGCCUGCCAGCACUACGGCGUGCGCACCUGCGAGGGCUGCAAGGGCUUCUUCAAGAGAACGGUUCAGAAAAAUGCAAAAUAUGUUUGCCUGGCAAAUAAAAACUGCCCUGUAGACAAGAGACGUCGAAACCGUUGUCAGUAUUGUCGAUUUCAGAAGUGUCUCAGUGUUGGCAUGGUUAAAGAAGUUGUCCGUACAGAUAGUCUGAAAGGGAGGAGAGGUCGGCUGCCUUCCAAACCAAAGAGCCCAUUACAGCAGGAACCUUCUCAGCCCUCUCCACCUUCUCCUCCGAUCUGUAUGAUGAACGCCCUUGUCCGAGCUUUAACAGACUCAACACCCAGAGAUCUUGAUUACUCCAGAUACUGUCCCACCGAACAGGCCGCUGCAGGCACCGAUGCUGAGCACGUGCAACAGUUCUACAACCUCCUGACAGCCUCCAUCGAUGUGUCCAGAAGCUGGGCAGAAAAGAUUCCCGGAUUUACUGAUCUCCCCAAAGAAGAUCAGACAUUACUUAUAGAAUCAGCCUUUUUGGAGCUGUUUGUUCUCAGACUUUCCAUCAGGUCGAACACUGCUGAAGAUAAGUUUGUGUUCUGCAAUGGACUUGUCCUGCAUCGACUUCAGUGCCUUCGUGGAUUUGGGGAGUGGCUCGACUCCAUUAAAGACUUUUCCUUAAGUUUGCAGAGCCUGAACCUUGAUAUCCAAGCCUUAGCAUGCCUGUCAGCGCUGAGCAUGAUCACAGAACGACAUGGGUUAAAAGAACCAAAGAGAGUGGAGGAGCUAUGCAACAAGAUCACAAGCAGCUUGAAAGACCACCAGAGUAAGGGACAGGCUUUGGAGCCCAGCGAGCCCAAGGUCCUGGGCGCCUUGGUAGAACUGCGCAAGAUCUGCACCCUGGGCCUCCAGCGCAUCUUCUACCUGAAGCUGGAAGACUUGGUGUCUCCACCUUCCAUCAUCGACAAGCUCUUCCUGGACACCCUGCCUUUCUGAACGGGAGCCGCCUGGCACCUACUUGCUAAGCAGCAAAGGAAUGGGUCUGGACACCUAUCAUUUUCUGUCCUUCCUUAAGAGAAAAAGCAGCUCCUGUAGAAAAGACUUUUUUUUUUUCUGGCACUUUUCCUUACAACCUAAAGCCAGAAAACUUGCAGAGUAUUGUGUUGGGGUUGUGUUUUAUAUUUAGGCUUUGGGGUUGGUGUGGGAGGGGAGGGUAGAGUUCAUGAGGGUUUUCUAAGAAAUUGCUAACAAAGCACUUUUGGACAAUGCUAUCCGAGCAGGAAAAAAAAAAAAGGAUAAUAUAACUGUUUUAAAACUCUUUCUGGGGAAUACAAUUAUAGUUGCUUUGUAUUUAAAAACAAGAACAGCCAACGGUUGUUCGCCAGGGUAGGAUGUGUCUUGAGGUUGAUCUUUAGAAUACACUUCCUGUAUCAAGGGUAUGUAUGUGGUGCAAAGAAGGCAGAAAUUCUCUCUUUUAAUUUCUUUCUUCCUUUAUUUUAUUUUAACAAAUGGUGAAAGAUGAGGAUUACCUAUAAAUCAGACAUAGCAAAAUGAUAAUGGCUGUUCGCUUCCAUAUACAAGUGCAAUUUUUAAAGUGCUGUCUUACUAAGUCUUGUUUAUGAACUCUCCUUUCUUUUAUAUGGAAAUAAAAAGGAGGCAGUCAUAUUGGCAAAUGACACGUGUUCAUUUUCCUAGCAGAGGCUUUGUCCACCUGCCCUGUAGAGCGCUUCUGAGGAAUGGUCCAUCCAAGAUUUUAGGCCACUCUUAGUGGAUCCAGAGCUCUGCCCUGAUGCCCAGCUGUCCUGAAAGGGGCUCAGAUUAUAAAAUGGAUUGCAUACAGCUGUGUUGGUUGUGUUCCAUCAACUGAGACAGAGUUCCCUAAAGUUGCUUCAGUUAAUAGCAACUGACUGGCACAUUCAUUCAGAAGCCCCAGGAGCAUCCAGUGAGUCUCAAGGGUUUGAUUCCUAAAUAAGAACAUACAAAUAAGUAGGAACUGAUCAUACAGGGUAAACACCAGAGGUAAUAAGAUUUUUGAAAUAUAUAUAAUUUAAUUUUUGUUAUUGGUGACAAGGACAAUUUUGGAGAGCAAGCGAGUCUUAUUUUAAAAAAUAAUAGUAUGAAUGUGACUACUAGACAGGAUUAGUGGGCUGCGUUUCAACAUUCCGUGUUCGUACUCCCUUUUGUAUGUUUAUACUGUCGAUGCCAUAUUACUAUGAGAUAAUUUGUUGCAUAGUGUCCUUAUUUGUAUAAACAUUUGUAUGCACGUUAUAUUGUAAUAGCUUUGCCUGUAUUUAUUGCAAGACCACCAGCUCCUGGAAGCUGAGUUACAAAGUACUUAAAUGGGGUGUUCACAGUAACUUGGAUACACCAAUUAGAAAUUAAAUAAACAAAUAUAUAUAUAUAAAUAUAGCAGGUUACAUAUAUAUAUUUAUAAUGUGUCUUUUUAUUAACCAUUUGUACAAUAAAUGUUACUUCCCAUGCAGUUAUUUUAUGAUUCAUUUGCAGUGACUUUUAAGGCAGUACUGUUUAGCACUUUGAUAUUAAAAUUUUGCUUAUGUUUUGCUAAAUUCGAAUAAUGUUUGAAGAUUUUUAGGUCUAAAAGUCUUUAUAUUAUAUACUCUGUAUCAAUCAAAAUAUCUUUGGCCAUUUUGCUAAGAAACAAACUUUGAAUGUCAAAAUGAUGUCACAGUAGUUUUUGUUAGCUUUAAAUCAUUUUUGCUUUAGUGUUUUUAAAGAAAAAAAUAACAAAACUAUGCUGUUUAUAUUGUCAUUAAAUUAUACAAUCAAACAAAUGCCAAAUGAAUUGCCUAAUUGCUGCAAAGGAUAACCCAGAUAGCAAAGCAUAUAUGGUUUGGUUCCCCCCUGCCCCAAGAGUCAUUCUGAUAUUUGAUCAUGUAUUAUGUUUGUGUGAGCUUUUAUGGAAGAUUAUUAUUUUUAUAUCCAGGUGAUAGGGUCUGCAAUGUUAGGCCCUUGGAACAUUAGACUUUGCAGGGGCCUGACUUGUCAACUGGUCCCCCAUACCUCUGAAACUCAUAGAGGAGACAACCGGGACCCAGCGAUAAGUAAAAAUUGCCCAAGGUCCAACAGGCCAAUACCAGAAUCAAGACCUAGGACCUACUUCUCCUUUCUAUAGUGUUUUUACUCAACUUAUUGCAUCUAUAGGAAAACAGGCUUUUAAAAAUAACCACUAAUAUUUACAUUUUACCUGAUAACCGUGAGUAAAGUAGUACUUUUGCAUUAAUUUUUUGAGCUUAUAUGCAAACAUAAUAAACAUUAUUAAAUAUCAGGAAAGCUAACAUUUCAUACAAGGUAGCUUCAGACCAAAUUCAAAUUGAAUUUGAAUAAAUUAGAAAUACUGUGCAUACAUAACCCUUUGGUGCACCAUUAGUAUUGGAAAGUUAAUCCUUGUUUUUUGUCAUGUCCAUAAAAGAAAAACAAAACAAACAGAAAAACCAGAGCCCUGGAGAAAUGCUGUUACUUUUUAUUUUUACACCCAUCAGAUUUAAGGAAAAGACUUUUUAGCUGUGAUAUUGAUUGGUUGGUUGGAAAGAAUGAAGGUUUUUAGUUUUAGGUCCAGACACUAGUGUUGAAAAUAAAGGUGAUAGCCAGUGUUCUUCUGUCUUCCAUAGUUGUAAGAACUAUGAGAGCCUCCCACGUAAUCCAUCAACUCAACUCUCUUUUUUUGUCUUGAUGUUGACACACAAGUUUAUACAGAGUGGAUGACCAAACUAGCUCAGAAGAGGACAGCAAGAAUUAAAGCAGGUGAUUCUUCCCUUGUGGGAGAGCUCUCUCAGUGCGAACAUGCCUUCUGUGGGCGGAAAUCAGGAAUCCACCAGCUGUUAAUGGAGAGUGCCUUGCUUUCAUUUCAGACAGCAGAGUUUUCCAAAGUUUCUCUGCUCUUCUAACAGCAUUGCUCUUUAGUGUGUGUUAACCUGUGGUUUGAAAGAAAUGCUCUUGUACAUUAACAAUGUAAAUUUAAAUGAUUAAAUUAAAUUACAUUUUAUCAAUG